AGCCGGCCUUGCUGCUGCUGCUUCUGCUUGAGCCGCGCUCCCGCUGCCCGCUGCCCCUGCCCAGCAAUGGAGGCGCUUUGAAGCCCGCUGGUCGGUCGACGAAGAGAGGCGGUCAAGGAAGAAGUGUGUUAUUGUCCUGCCCUCACUCGCAGCGGCCAUGGAGGCGCUGAUCCCGGUCAUUAACAAGCUGCAAGAAGUGUUCAACACAGUGGGAGCCGACAUCAUCCAACUGCCGCAGAUCGUGGUGGUGGGCACCCAGAGCAGUGGAAAAAGCUCGGUGUUGGAGAGCCUCGUGGGAAGGGACUUGCUCCCCCGAGGUACAGGCAUCGUCACCCGGAGGCCUCUGGUUCUGCAGCUGGUGAACAUUUCACCAGAGGAACUACGGAAAGCUUCAGGAGAUGAUGACGAAACAGCUGCGUGGAAAAAUUAUGGCCAGCCUUACAAAGGAAUUGAUGCAGAAGAAUGGGGGAAAUUUCUUCACACGAAAAAUAAGAUUUACACAGAAUUUAGUGAAAUUAGACAAGAAAUAGAAAAUGAGACGGAAAGAGUUUCUGGUGCCAAUAAGGGGAUUAGUGAUGAACCAAUUCAUCUCCGGAUCUUCUCACCACAUGUUGUUAACCUUACACUUGUUGACCUACCUGGAGUGACAAAGGUGCCUGUGGGCGACCAGCCUCGAGAUAUUGAACUGCAGAUAAAAGAUCUCAUCCUGCGCUACAUCAGCAACCCAAACUCAAUCAUCUUGUCCGUCACUGCUGCCAACACCGACAUGGCAACGUCAGAGUCGCUUAAAAUUGCCCGAGAGGCUGAUCCAGAAGGGCGGCGAACACUGGCUGUUAUCACAAAAUUAGAUCUUAUGGACGCUGGCACUGAUGCCAUGGACGUGCUCAUGGGAAGAGUUAUUCCCGUCAAACUGGGCAUCAUUGGAAUUGUCAACAGGAGUCAACUGGAUAUCAACAAUAAGAAACCUGUGGCAGAUGCUUUGAAGGAUGAAUAUGCGUUUCUACAGAAGAAAUAUCCCUCACUUGCUAACAGAAAUGGAACCAAGUAUCUAGCCAAAACUUUAAAUAGACUGCUCAUGCACCAUAUACGGGAUUGCUUACCGGAGCUUAAGACCAGGAUUAACGUGCUGGCAGCCCAGUACCAGUCUUUACUGAACAGUUACGGUGAGCCAGUGGAGGACAAGAGUGCCACGCUUCUGCAGCUCAUUACCAAGUUUGCAGCUGAGUAUUGCCAGACUAUUGAGGGAACAGCAAAAUACAUUGAAACAUCAGAGCUUUGUGGUGGAGCGAGAAUAUGCUACAUAUUUCAUGAAACAUUUGGGCGAACUUUGGAAUCUGUGGAUGCACUCGGUGGACUGAAUACUAUUGACAUUCUCACUGCAAUUAGAAAUGCCACUGGUCCACGUCCGGCACUCUUUGUUCCUGAGAUCUCCUUUGAGUUGUUGGUGAAACGACAGAUUAAACGUCUGGAGGAACCCAGCUUGCGAUGUGUUGAGCUGGUCCAUGAGGAAAUGCAAAGGAUUAUACAGCAUUGCAGCACAUACAGCACACAGGAACUGCUCCGAUUUCCCAAACUCCACGACGCCAUCGUGGAGGUGGUGACAUCACUGUUGCGCAGGAGACUGCCAGUCACUAACGAUAUGGUCCACAAUUUGGUCGCCAUUGAGUUGGCGUACAUCAACACAAAGCACCCUGACUUUGCAGAUGCCUGUGGAGUUUUGAACAGUAACAUCGAGGAACAAAGGCGUAACCGAUUAGCAAGGGAGCCACCCUCUGCUCUGCCUCGAGAAAAGUCUUCUAAAGUUCCCAGUGCCAUGUCUGCUCCUGCCCAGGAGUCUGCUGCUGUUGCUUCUGCUGAGCUUGAGGGAAAGCCUUUAACGAAAGAAGUUCAGAUACAGAAUGGGAAUCAGGAUGCAGCAUCAUCUGGAGGCUGGAGAGGGAUGUUGAAAACAUCGUCUGCACCAAAGCCAGAUGAUGGAUUUGCUGAAGAGAAGCCGAAGCAGCUGGCUGCUGGCAGCCCCCACAGAGGGCCGUCGGUAAAUUUCCUCGAUGUGCGCGUUCCUGUUUCACGUAAACUCUCGGCACGGGAGCAGCGAGAUUGUGAAGUGAUUGAACGACUGAUCAAGUCCUACUUUUUGAUUGUGAGAAAAAAUAUCCAGGACAGCGUGCCAAAGGCUGUGAUGAAUUUCCUAGUUAAUUACGUAAAGGACAAUCUCCAAAGUGAACUGGUUGGACAACUGUACAAAUCAAUGCUCUUGGAUGAUCUCCUUACUGAGUCUGAGGAUAUGGCCCAGCGCAGGAAGGAAGCUGCCGACAUGCUGAAGGCCUUGCAACGAGCCAGUCAGGUCAUUGCGGAGAUACGAGAAACACAUCUUUGGUGAAGCCGGUCGACUACAUAUCCUGAAGUUUCCCCAAAAGGACAAAGCAAUUACUUGAAUGUCGCUGAAUUGAAACAAUGCACUGUUUAUUUGCUAACCGUGUUUAAAAAAUAUAUAUAUUUAUGAACUGUUGGCUCUGGUACUGAAGAAAGUUGUAGAAACACAAUGCCAUAAGAUCUUGUCUUUUUUGUAGUUGUUCCUAUUGUGUAAUAUCAGCUCGUAGUUCUGUGGUGAUAAAACACGCUCGUUCAACCAUUGGAACCUUGUGCCUCCAUUCCAGCUUCUUUAUCUCUCUAAUGUCUGCUUGUUACGUGGGAAAUUAUAUCCUAUUAAAUUGUGUACAGUCCCAACAUACAACAACAUAUUAUUUUGCUCUACCAGUUUUGCCGAUGAAACACAUGAUAUUGCUGCUUCACCUUCAGAACAGUUCUGUUCGUGCUUGGAAUAUGUUAUAACUUUCACCCGAGUUGUCCCUAUUCAGAGCAAAGGACCAAGUACCACCCUUGUAAAAAUGUCGUCCUGGGUUGCAGACCUGAUAAAUCCGAGCAUCUUCCCCGUUGACAAGGUGGGAGAAAUGGAGUGGCUGGAAUGGGAGCCAGUGCUGGGACCAGGCAGUGAGCAGUCAGUGCAGGAGUUAGAGGCAGGAAAUGUUGACCAGGAAGUAGGCAGCAGGGGUUUCAGGACAAUCAGAGACUGCUGCUUUGUUAGUGCAUCUCUACAGGGAUGGAUGUGAAGACUGAAUCAGGGAAGAGUGUGACAUUUAUGUCUUGGGGGGGAAAAAAAGUAUUUAAAGCAGCCAUGACACUGAGAUUAUGGAGAGAAACACACUUGAUCUAAUGGGAGGUUAUGACAUGAAUUAUACUCUGCAUCCCCAAUCAGUUGUUGGUGGCUUUUAUUUGUAGCUGGUUAACUGGUGCUGAGUUUCCAUUUUGGGGUUAUGUAAAUUUGUUGAGACAGAAAGUAUUUCUCACUGAUGUCACCCUAGCUCUCUUCUGAAAGUCACUCAGCACAAUCCUCUCUUCCACUAAUGUUGUUAUUUUUCUAUUUGGUUUGUGAUUUAACAUGCAACACAGAUUAAUGUACUUCCAGAAAACAAUCCUUUGAAAACAGGAAGUUAUACGAAGCGUUUUCAUCUGCUCAAAAUGAAUAAAAUAAAAAUAUUAAUGCAAA